GAUGUCUUCCUCCGUGAGUUGGUCUCCAACGCCGCGGACGCCUGUGACAAGAAACGCUUCCUCGCCCUCACCGAGAGCGAUGCCCCGCCAGAGCCCAUGAAGCUGCAGAUCAAGACCGACAAGGAUGCGCGGACGCUCACGAUCGAGGACAACGGGGUUGGCAUGACCAAGGCUGAGCUCCAAGAGAACUUGGGCCGCAUCGCGCGAUCGGGGACUGCCAACUUCGUGAAGGACCUGGGCAGCGGCGAGGCAGACGUGAGCCUGAUCGGCCAGUUCGGUGUGGGCUUCUACUCCUCUUUCUUGGUGGCAAACAAGGUUGAAGUCUACUCGAAGAGCGUCAAGAAAGAAGGUGAGGGAAAGGCCCACCGCUGGACGUCCGAGGGACACUCCUACAAACUGGCGGAGAUUGACGAUGGGGACUUCUUCGGGGAGCAGAGUGGUACAAAAAUCGUCCUCCACCUGCGCGAGGAGGCGCAGGAAUACCUAGACACCGGCAAGCUGUCGGACCUUCUGAAGAAGUACAGUGAGUUCAUCACCUUCCCCAUCGAGUUGUGGAACGAGAAGGUCCAGUACGACCAGGUCCCGGACGAGUCGGCACCCCCACCCAAGGAGGGUGAGAAGCAGAAGAUGAAGAGCGUGCCACGCUCUGUCUAUGAAUGGGAUGUCAUGAACAAGAUGAAGCCCAUCUGGCUCCGCAAUCCGGACGUGGUCAACGAGUCCGAGUACACAGAAUUCUACAAAACGACUUUCAAAGCCUUCGAUGAGCCUCUCACGACGACACACUUCAAGGUCGAAGGACAGAUUGAGUUCCGCGCAUUGAUCUUCAUCCCGUCCACGAUGCCCUUCGAACUCACCCGGGACAUGUUCUCCCCGGAAGGCCGUGCCAUGCGACUGUAUGUGAAGCGCGUCUUUAUCAAUGACAAGUUCGAGGACUUGGUCCCUCGCUGGCUCACCUUUGCUCGCGGCGUGGUCGACUCCGAGGACCUGCCUCUCAACGUGGGCCGCGAGAUCCUCCAGAAGAGCCGGACCUUGAAGAUCAUCCGCAAGCGCGUGGUGCGAAAGGUCCUGGACACCAUCGACGACCUCAGGGAGAAGGAGCCGACGAAGUUCGAGACUUUCUGGACCAGCUACGGCAAGUACUUCAAGGUCGGCUUGGUCGAGGACCUGGACUACAAGGACGAGCUGAAGCGCUUUGUCCGCUUCUGGUCUUCGAAGAGCGGAGACAACCAGACGAGCCUGGAUGAGUACAUCAGCAGGAUGAAGGAGGGCCAAGACAAGAUCUAUUUUGUCACUGGCGAGGGGCGCCGAGCUGCUGAGAUCGCGCCGGCAAUGGAGAAGAUGCGAGAGAAGGAUUAUGAGGUCCUUUACAUGGUCGAUCCACUCGAUGAGAUCUGCAGUCAGAGCAUCGUCGACUACGAUGGCAAGAAGUUGGUUGACAUCAACAAGGCCGGCCUCGACCUGGACAAGAGCGAAGAUGAGAAGAAGGACAUGGAGGACAAGGUGAAAGAGUACGAGGACCUGGCCACAUGGCUCAAGAAGCAGCUGGGCGAACGAGUGCAGAAGGUGCAGGUGUCAGAUCGACUGGUUGAGUCCAUGGCAACCCUGGUGCAGGGUGAGUGGGGCAUGUCACCGAUGAUGCAGAGGUACAUGAAGUCCCAGACCACGUCAUCGGCGUCAGACAGUGCUUUCGCGAUUGGUUCGCGAAGCCAGGCCAUCCUGGAGAUCAAUCCGCAGCACAAUGUGAUCAAAGCGCUCAAGAAUGCAAUGGAGACCCAGCCCGAAGCUGCGGAGACAGAGGACAUGGUGAUGAUGGUAUAUGAGACAGCAGCUUUGAUCGGCGGCUACACCAUUGAAGACCCCGGGGAUUUUGCUAAGCGCGUGACGAGGCUCAUGGAAAUGCAGGCCUCUGAGGGCACCCCCGGUUCCGUGGACGCCGAAGUGCUGGCAUAG